UUGCUUAAGGAGGAGGAGUCGGCAGGUGGAUGAGAAGGGGCGGGGCUCCUUCCUUCUAGCAUUAGCAGCAUUAGAAGCAGAGGAGGCGGCAGAAGAUGGAGGACGUGUCAGUGCUGAGGGAACAGUACAGACAGACCAGAGACUGUCAGCGGAGCCACACACACGUGCUGCUCCACGGCACAGUGUCGGAGCAGCUGUCGGACGCCGUCACCAUCGUACCUGUCACUCAGAGCUUCACUUCUUCAUCUCCACCAGAGCACAUUACCUGCUCCCAGGGCCCUUUAACCUUUGACCCUUGGCACAUCCACCUGGACCUGCACCGACGCUUUAGCUGCAGCAGCCUCAUGGUGGCGCCACUCCAAGUGCACUCCCCAACAUUAGGUUCCUACAGAUGCUCUUCUUCAUCUUCGUCCUCUUCCUGUGACUCAUCAGUUAACACACGUGGAGUGAACUCGACACCAGAUUCACAAAAGAUCCACACACAAACAUCCGGCUGCAGCAGCGCAGUAGAAAGCAGCAGAACCAGUGGAGACCAGGUCAGUGGUUCUGAUGAUCCUGCACAGAAUCCAGGUGAAGGAUCCAGCAGUCCUGCUGCGGGCUCGGAUGCCCGACCUCUGGGAUCACACAGCUCUGCCCACUGCACCUCCCCGUCCUCCCAUUUGCAAACUGACCUGAAGAAGAACCAGUCAUCUGGUGGUAAAUCCAGCACCAGCUGCAGAACUAGAGAGCAGAGUCCCAGCUCUGCCUGUCUCCAUCACAACCAGAACCUGAACCAGAACCUGAACCACUUCCCGUUCCCCAGCAGGCGGAUGCCGAGGAUCUCUGAGGCAGCAAAGAGGCUGGGCCUGUACUCCUCAUUCUGAUAGAUGCACGUCUGUCAUUGUCCUGUGUCUGUGGUUCACAACUUUCAGAAUCUGAACAUUUGUAAUUGACCAAAACAAAAGAAUAAAACUUUCUUUCUUGCCC